UCUCUAGCUUCACUCUUAUCUUUGUUUAAUGGUGGCCAGGGAGGGUCAUAUUGUGGAAAUUAGAAUUUGUGCAAAAAUGUAGCGAUCUGACGUAUCAAGAGAGUUUAUUUGUAACAAUGGAAUUGUGAUCAUUGAAUCUAUGCUUCAUUAUAAUCAUGUAAAAGGUUAAGUUUGGUAUUGCUUCCGUUUCAUAAAUAUGUUGAAAGUUGUCGCCUUUUGGUUGCUGUUGUAAUAUUGUGCUUUAGAAUAAUUCAUUUUUGUUUUUGGUAUUUAGGGGUUUCAUGCUUUAAAGUUUCUUUAAUUUGUUUUAAUUUUUAUCCUAUUGAUGAAAUAAAACACAAAAGUCCUCUAUGACCUAAAUAAAUGUAUGUUAUAUUUUACAAAAGGUGAAUAGCCUGAGAGAGUUUUUGUUCUUGAAUAUUGGUGUAAAGUGGGUUAAGUAUGGAAGAGGGGCCGAACGAUCUCUCAAGCAUUGGUUCUGCUGCAUCUCCCAGCAAACUUGUCAAAAGACCCAUCACUUGGGAGCUCUCUGAAUCCGAAAAUGAGGAAGAUCAAGGAGAAGACCCAAGAGAGCACCAUGCGUGCCCUGUUCUUCAGAUAGACACAAAUGAACCAAAUGUAAUGUCAAGUGGUGUUGAAGAAGAAGCUCAGGAACCAGUGCCUUUUGUUGAGUCUAGUGGUCCAGCCUUGCCUGUACCCCUUCCAGGUGGUACCACUCCUAGUCCAGUCAAAAGGACAAGAAAGAAGAAGACUUCAGAAGAAUUGGAAGCUGAAAAGGUAGAAGCAGAGGAAAAGAAAAAGGCUAGAGAGGCAAAAAAGCAAGAGAAAGCGAGGAAAAGGGAUCUUGAGCGGUUGGAGAAGGAGAGGCGAAAACAUACUGCUGCAGCUUUGAAGCUUCUGAGACCAGAUCAGUGUGUGAAGUACAUGAUUGUUCAGGUGGAUGCAGGUCUUCUUGAAGACACCGGGUCAGAGGAUGUUUUGGAAGUCCUGAGAUCCUCUGGGUAUGCAUACUCAAUAGAACCACAUUCUGUACCCCAGAGUUUCACAUGGAGAAGAGAGAUGCCUUCAGACUGGACAUGUGUUGAGGGCCUGGAGUUGAGUGUGGGAGAAGAGGACUGCAUUUUGAUUGUGGUGCAGCCAGGUGACUUUUCAAGGAGUGUCUCCGGAUUUGCUCAGUCCUCAAAGUACUCCAGCAUUGGGGAUCAGAGUUUUGAAGUCUUGGGAUCUCUUUUUGGGAUAUCAAAACAACUCCAUCUAAAGAAAACCACCUUGGUUGUUAUUGGAUUUAAAGAAUAUCAAUGGUGUCAUAAACUUUCUCGUCAGAUGGAAAGACACUCGUUGGAGCAGAAGGACUGUGACAUUGAUGAGGGCUCUGUGACAAGGAAGCAGAUAAAUGAGGCCCUUGUCUUUCUGCAGCUUUCUUUAAAAGCAGAGGUGCUGUUCAUGGACACGUGGAGAGAUUUAGGACAGCACGUGUGCGCUGUGACCAAAAGCUUGGCACAACGACCUUCCCGGAAGCACUGGGAAUCCCAGAGCUUCUCAUUCUGCACCUCGGCAGGCACAUGGAAAGGGUGGGGCCCUCGAGGGGCCCUCAAUGGAUUGCCUCUCUCCUGGAAGAGACAAAUCCAACAGCUCAACAGAGUAAGUCCUGCAAUGGCCGCAGCUGUGACAGAUGCCUAUCCCUCUCCCCAGCUGCUUAUGAAGGCCUAUGAGAAAUGUGGCACAGAGCGUGAGAAAAUAACACUGCUUUCCAACCUCCGAGUUCCUCAGGAUCAUAAUGCAGGGGCCACAGAUGAUGUUGAGGGUGCAGAGAUUGCUUUUGGGGUCGACCAAGCCCCAGGAAAAGAAAGACGCAUAGGGCCUGAUUUGUCUCGCCGAAUUUGGCUCUUCAUGACAUCACUCAAUCCUGAUCUUGUGCUGGACUUGAAUUCCUAGCACAGAUGGUCACAAGGCAGAUGUGGUUUGAGAGCAGUCAGGUCUGAUAUGGACAUCUGACUUUAAGCUACAAGUGGUGACAGCUCUACCUGGAAUGUGGCACUUAAGCAAGUGGCCGUGGAGAUUACUAAUUGGAUGUGUAAAAAGGGAUGCUUUGGUGAACAGUUUCCUUCAGGGCCA